AUGAACCCACAGCUGUGUAUGGUGUCACAAAAUACGAACACCAUUGACGUAUUAGAGGAACUCACGGUCAAGGUCGAACAUCUUAUACGUGAGCUCAGCUACAUACAGAGGACUGUCGGUGAUCUUGCCCGCCAGGUGAUGCUGCAGCAGACGUUUGUUGAAGAGCGCAUACGCUCUGACGGUAGUUCCGGUCUGAAACAGGUACGGAACAUUGUUAAUGGCGACCGCAUAUACCACACCGCGGACCAGUCGGCGUUCAGCGUUGCUGGGAUACACGAACAUUCCAGUAACACAAGAACCAUAGGUAUGGGUGAGCUGAACGUGGUGAUGAACGGCGUUGAGUUCCGCACACGUCAUAACGACUACCGUCUGGCGAUGCCCGCGUCGGACGGCACAUAUCAUGGUCAGGUGGAUAUUCCGUUCCCGGAAGUUCCGGAGGAGGUUCUGAGUAAAGAAACGCCUGAAGAGCAGAUUGAGGAAAUGAAACUCUGGUUCAAAGCGUUCAAGGACCAGGACUACUCGGUGCGAGACUACCGAAGGUACUUCAAACCGGUGCUUUGUUACCUGGAGGGCGCCUGGACGACCAACACGGAAGAGCUCGAGGAACCGUUCUUCAGUGACCGACAUUUCAUCGACGCAUCCAGCUGGUUUGACCUUCAAGAAAAGGUUCGAUUCACUUCGUACACCGGUGGAAAAGACAUUCUGGAGAACUAUGCGUACCUCCCCACCACGAUCAUGAACGUCGUCAAUGGGACACCUAUUUACGCGCAGUGGAACUACAGAAUCCUAUGCCAUCCGUUGCAAGAUGAUUUGCCACUGAAAGCUCUUGAAUUCGUCGAUGACCUAUCAAGAAGAAUGCGAAAUCAGUUCACGACGGCGCAGUUACUGGAUACCCGCAUGGCAAGAUUCCGAGUGAGAAGCCAAGUUCCUACGAAUCCCGACUUGAUUCAGCCAAGGUCCUACGACUGGGGCCUACUGGACGAUCUGAUGUAUCAGAUCCCAGGGAAAGACAACUACGCCGCCAAUCUCUAUGACGACGGCCUCGGGGAGACGCUGUAUCACUAUAACAAAGGGUUCGAUGCUCUCGUAAAACUCAAUACUGCCUUUUAUAACAGAGCGUACAGGAUGCAUCGAAAGGAUGCUUCCGGCAACACUGUCAAUCAUCGCGGUUUCUCCGACCCUAACCUGUUUGCUGCCCAGACGACCAGUGAAGAAGUCGCCGCCAUGUCAAUGGAAAGCUGCCAAAUCAUUCGGAAAACAGAAGUUUGCAAUAGAUACACCGCCCGCUACACGUGGGCCAUCCCUCUGGAGAUCAUCUAUCUGACCCCGCUGUUGGCAUGGAACCCGUACAAUAUACGUCACGUGGGGUCUUUCGACGCAGACGACAUUAAAGACGUCGAGAACACUGCAGACGGACUGCCGCGCACCGGCGGAUUGACGCCGGAUGAAGCCUUCAACGGAACGCACGAGAAGAGUUUCUACCGAACACCCGCGGACCUGUUCGCAAGCAGCACGUCGGUCGAUGCAGGCAGUGCAGACACAGCUAAAGGCGUUGUCGGUGUCCUGGACCAAGAAGGCAAUGUCCGAAAGGUAGUGGCUUCCGGUACAAGAAUAAUCAUACCGGAAAUCGAAGGUGUCGGUACAGUGCGCACGCGCUAUCCCAUAAUGCCUCUGCAUUCCGAUGGAGAGCAGACGAGAAAGGAACUUGAAGCGCUCAAGGACAUGGUCAUGAGAAUGGGGACAUAUGGCGCGUUAUUCGACGAGACACCUAUCACCGUUCACAAUGUAGACGACUACACGAAAGAAGAUCCUGUCCAUACACUGCAGGUUGCCCCCACUACUCAGGAUCCCCCUGGACUGCAUAGUCACACCAUCACCGUUCUGCAAAGUGAAAUCGACCUCAUGAGGACGGGCAAGGCCGUCGUCUUCACAACCACCACGGACAACGGUCACACGCACGUCCUAAAGGUCAAGAUGGACAGUCUUGGCAACUUCUUCAUGGCAACCUGCGACGGAAUCUUCACAUGUUGGGACGGUCAUGCCAAGCAGCUGAUUUUUGUUUCGUAAAAUGUCGUCAGUUUAUUUUGUUAGCCGCUUAGAGACGCUCUCUAUAACAUGUAUUCACUGCAUUUUUACUUUGCGUUGUUGUAACACACUUUACUGAGGAUAAUGUUUGCACCUUUGACCUCUGAAUUAUAACUAAUUGAAUGCAGAAACGUGAAAAUUAAACGUUGCUAUAAUGUAAUGAUUUAACUAAUGUCAUUUCUUUGCAUUUUGAUCAGUGAUAUUUCUUUCAGAAACGGCAUAAGCAAAGUUUCAAACUUGGAAAAUAUUAUGGACUGCGGGUUAUAAUUGACCACUUUAUGAUGUAGCUUUGUUUCAUAAAUCAAUGCUAUGGCUUUGACCCAUAUAUCGACGUAGCUUUUUCUUGUCAAUUAUUGUGAUGGCUUUGACCUAUAUAUAGACGUAGCUUUGUGUUAUCAAUUAUUGUAAGGACAUUUGCCCAUUGAACGACGUAGCUUUUUCCUUUUAAUCAUUGUUAUAGCUUUGACUCAACUAACAACGCAGCAUUUUCUUAUCAAUAAUAAUUCCUAUCAAUUAUUAUUAUAGCUUGGACCCAUCGAACGACGCUACUUUGUCGCAUCAAUUAUUGUUACGACUCUGAUAUUUGUUUUCUUUGUGUUUUAUUUUCAUGUAUCUCACAUUUUCUAUUAAAACUGCUGCACUGAA